AUGCGCCCCUUCGUCCUUGGGAUCACUGGUAUCUCCUCGGCCGGCAAAUCGACCGUGUGCAAUGCACUGUCCAAGCGCUUCGCAGGCCAGGCAACCCUUGUGGCAUUGGAUGACUUCUAUUGGGUGCGCCCUGCCCUUUUGACGGACACAUGCCAUGUUUCGCGGCAUUUCCCCUAUUGCUCAUGCGCGGAUCCGGCUGCCGGCACCCGAUCCGACCCGAUCCGGCUCGGCCGGACCUGUCCUGACCUGACGUUGAUCAUCUCUCAGCCCGGCCCGGCCAAGGCCGAGUCUGAUGGCAUCAUCAACUAUGACCAUCCGGACAAAAUCGACUUCGACACCUUUGUGGAAACCCUGCGCCGGCAGAUCGCCCAGGUAAGCGCGCAGCUUGUGCCGGGCUCCGCGCCGACCGAGCGGCCGUUCAUCAUCGUCGAGGGGUUCCUGAUCCUCCACAACCCCGAGGCACGGGAGCUCAUUGACGAUGUCCUUUUCCUGAAGAUUUCCCGCGAGGAGGCUCUCCGCCGGCGUUUGGUGCGCGUCUGGCCGGUGGACUACAUCCCCGUCUGUUCGAACUCCGGCCACAAUGGCCCCUUUCCGGGCAUCGCCUGCGCAGAGCCGACCAACUACUUCGACAAGUAUGUGUGGCCGAUGUACCAGCAGUUUGGCAGUGCGCUGGAUGGGGACGGGUCGACAUUCGCCCGGCCGGUCAUCCACGAGAUCGAGGCCGAGGUCAGCCCCGAGACACUGGCCGCCGAUGUGACGGCGGUUUGUGAGCGCCUGCUGGCCAUCGAGCGCUGA